AUGUUACAUUCAACCACCAUCAUCUCUCGCUCUUCCGCUUCCGUACUCUCUCGACUUCAACGAAUAAAAUCUCAAUAUGCCUCUACACCUCAUACAUUUCUCUUCGCACUAUCUGCCACCACUCAGUCGUCGGAGCUUUCGUCUCUCGUGGACACCUUAAUGGAUUUUUCCUCAACAAGUUCGCUUGGAUGCCUUUCAGCACCACUUUCUUCCGGAUAUAUAUCCUGCUCCAUAGCCCUUUUUGAUCCAAAAAAUGCUAUUUCAUUUCGGUCGACAAUAGCUGGGCAAGAAAAAACCCAAGUCGGGAGAUGGCACGCGUUUCGGCGGAAGGAUGAAAGGAAAGAAGAGGAUUUGACUUUGCUAGAAGGAACAGUCGACUGGGAUCGUCUGUGGAAGUCAAAUGGCAGAGGGACAAGGAAGGACCUUCCAGACGAAUUAACGCGUCUCGACGCUGAGCACGCAAGCUCUAUACUAUAUUUCUCAGAUCUUUCCCCGGAAGGUCUUUCGUCUGCGAUUUCGGAGUCUUUUCCUGGAGCUAGUCAACUUGGUCUGUUGGCUUCAUCUACACCUUUCAUCACAGGCAGACCAGUUACUUUGUUCCACAACCAGCAAAUUCUUGAUUCCGGUGCUGUGGGUGUUGCGUUCACAACACCCAAAUCGCUCCAUUUCGAUAUUCCAGAUGACAUUCAACCUCUUGGGGAUCCAUUGGAUGUUACAGGCUCCGAAGGAAACCUCAUCAACACCCUCAACUUCUCCAAUCCCACUCAGCUUUUGCUUUCCCGCAUUCGCGACGCGGGUAUUGACACAACUUCGUUUACGGCUAUCAGGUUCAAAGACGAUAUGGAAUUCUACCUCAGCGUGUUACCUUCUCUUAGUCCAAGUGUUUCUGCGCCGUAUCAGCUACACGCUAUCACAGCCGGCGACCCAUCUCGGGGAACUCUUUCGUUAAAUACGCAAACUAUGGCCCCCCCUGCCGGAGCAAGAGUGCAGUUUUUUCACCGCCGUUCCGUCAAACCCUUGUCGUUGGAAACAUGGAGAGACUCUGCGUCGAUUCGGCAUGGUACCGUGGCUUUCAUGACAGUGUCCAGUCCAGAGUUUCUUCGUGAUGGAGGAGAUGAAGGUAAACUUGAAUCGACGGGGGAGGAAUUGGUGUUGGAAAACCAAUUUGUUGUUGGGAGCGAGAAUGGGUUCGUGUUAAGUAGAGCAGGAGAGUGCCCGUGGUCCUGUACAGCUCCCGGGUGCAUCGCAUCUAUCUCUAAUUCACAGUUCAACCGUACACAAAAGUAA